AUGACAUUCGUAUUCCCGUCCAUAAAUGGGAGGAAACCAGAAGAGAGAAGUGGCCAUGUCGCGGUUCAUUUUGACGGCUAUAUAGUGGUCUGGGGAGGCUACCAUCGUGUACGUAUCGAUUAUCACUUUGAAAAUAAGCGGCUAUGAAUUCAUUCUUCGGGCGAUACGCUAACCUUACGUUUUAUAGGAUCACCAGAGGUUAGAAAUCUCGCGCUUCCUAGAAGAUGCUCGGCUGUAGCUUCAUGUUUAUGUUGUUACUUUAAGAUUUUAUCCCCGGCUUCCCCCGGUUGUCCCCCGGUACUUGACCCAUGCUGGGUAUUCGGGAACCCCUGCGGGUUUGUAAACCGUAUGAUAUGUACCAUGUUUAGGGGAAAAAAGGGACAAACCUCUUUAUGUUGACUCAUGACCUGCUGAAUAAAUAGAAAUGAGCCUCUUCGAAUUUGGAUCACUAAAAACUCAGUGAUACUUUGUUUAGGACAGGUCCAGGUCCAGACUUGAUGGAAGUUUAAAAUACCUGUCCAGGGCGACAGGGCCAAAAACCAUACCCUAUCCAGCAGUAUGUCCCCACAUACACUGUAGUCAAAUGAUUAUGAGCAAAAUUAAUAUAAUAUUGUUAUUUCAUUUCAGCAUGGUCCCGAGGUGGCUUUUCCCGGAGUUCAUUUUGUAGUUGAUAAAUAUCACCAUAGUAACGAGGUGUGGCUGUAUUGCAUUGAGACAUCCACAUGGUAAGUUCUGUCUUUCACAUAAAAAGUUCUCUUUCAUAUUAGCAUUUUGUCGCAAAAUGGUGGCUGUCAAUUCUUGAAAUCAUUUCUAUACACAUUUUGUUUAUUACAGCUCCUGAUAUUUUUAGGAAGCAAAUUGAAACAAGUGGAGAAGAGCCACCUCCUAUGUCAGGAUCAUCUGCAUGUGUAAUGGAAGGAAAAUCAAUGUUUAUCUUUGCUGGACAUUGUGACGGGGGACCAACCUCCACUGUAUGUUGGUAACACUGCCUCAAAACACAGUUUUCAUUAAGAAUUCUAGUGGCAGGAGAAAGGUGCAACAUUACAGGAGAAUAUUGGAAAGAGGCUCUAUGUCUGAAUAGGCUACUGAAUGUUAGCUGAGGAAUUCUGUGUAGUAAACAGAGAAUUCUCCAAUACCCAAUACCCAUAAUGAAAACCCUGAAUACAGUUCUUGUUUUGCAGAAUACAAACUUCACAUAAGCUAUUGUGUCCUCCCUGACAACUCAUAUAAUUCAGGUGACAAAUAAUUAAUAUUAAUCUUCCAUGUCAUUUCAUUUCUGUUUAAGGUUUUUGCAUUAGAUUUAAAAACAUUUGUCUGGGAAAAUCUGACAAGCAGGAUCCAGGGAAACCCUCCUUCACCAAGGGACAAACUGUGCUGUUGGACUCACAAUGAUUUGUAAGUCGUAGCAAAUGAACUGUAAUUCUAACUGUACUGAGACACAGUUGAUUUCAAAUACAAGAUGCAGUUUUUUCUUCCAAAUAACAUAUCCAGACACUUAGAAGAUGCCUUGUCAUCUAGGUAACAAUCUGAAUAUUGGAUUGAGUGAUAUUUGUUAUGGCUUCUGUAAUGAUAUUGUUUAAGUCCUUAUGUCGUGGUGUUGAUCAAAUUGCUACAGAUAAGUCCAAGUGAAUUAAAUGCGGUUAUAUAUAUGAAUAAAUUAAGUUACUCACUUAUAUCCAUGGUUCCACCCACCCUUCCUCCCAAUUUGCUGUUCUUUAUCAUAGUGGGGGGCUGUGCUUUGGUGAGCCUGGUGGCCAUAUCAGCUGGAGGUAAAUACUCCUGGUACUGGUAGUUUUACCAUGCUGACCAGGUUCCAGGUUGGGGUUUGGACAAUUGGACUUGUAUUGCAGAAACUCAAAGGAUACACAAAGGGAGCAUAUCAAAGCAUGAAGAACAUAGCCAAUGUAAUGUACAUCCAUGGGGUGCACCUGGGGCUAAAUAGAAAAGAGUGCAGGCAGGAAACUACUACUUUUUUCAGCAGCGGCUGAGAAGACUUUUAACUGUGACACUACCAUAAUCUCUCUGUGACGACUAGCAUUGAUCAAUAAUAAUAUAAAUAGGUUCCUGGAGAUGAAGAGUAUAAAAAGCACUAAAUGUCAUAUGGAAUAGAAUAAUGGUAUUAUUUGCAACUAAAUUUCACUUUAGGAUUCUAUAUUUUGGAGGAUAUGGCUUGGCUCCAGACCCUGAGAGAGUAGACCAGUCUAACGGAUAUUUCAAUUUUAACUCCAGUGGUGAGGAGCAAUUUACAGUAAGUUAAAAAUUAUAGUAUUCUUAAGGUUUCAACAAAACCUGGGUGAGAUAAGCCUCUUGGAAGCCACCAAGUGAUAGCAGUUAGGAACAUGGUUAAUAGGGUUGAUCCAGUCCAAGUUUUGUGGACCCUGGUAAUUUGUGGCUGACUUAUCUCAUUUAUUGCUGUGUUAUAAUUUUUGUGUGUGUAAGUAUUUUCACUGAUUACAGUGGAACCUUGAUUUAAUGAACUGCUAUAUUAUAAAGAAGUCCUUGGUAUAACAAACAGUUUUCUUCAGCCCGGCCAAAAUUACAAUAAAAUGUAUGGAAUAGAACCCUCGAUAUAAUGAUCCUUGAUGUAUUGAAAUCCUCGUUAUAACGAACACAAUUCAGAAACACAAGCAUAAAAUAUACCUUGAUACUAGUAGUAAUCAAAGAUUAAUAAGUGCGUUCGAAGUUCAAUGAAUUUAGCUAAAAUCAUACAAAAACAGAGGAGGAAAUUAGUUGAGAGAUUAAAUGAGAAAGACGAAGUAUUUAAAGAGCAACAUGAACAAUAGCAACUUUAAUAGUGAAACCCAAAUAUGUAACCAAAGAUGUUUAUCUACUUAGUUACAAUGUAGUUUAGAUACUGAUUGUGGGAGACUAACUUUUGUAACAGUAACAUGAAUGAUAGUAACUUGAAUAGUUACAAGGGAUUGGUUAGUUGCAAGGGAAAAUGUAACAAAACAUGUUAGUCUACUCAGUAUCUUGAAAAACUGAAAAUGAUAGAGUAGAUUUUAUAACAACAACAUGAGGCUAUGAUGAAGUUCAAAAUGCUAUGAAAAUUAGAUUUUUCCAUGUCUAAACGUUUCGUGUCUGUGUGUCAUAGCAUUGUUUAACAAUUUUUCUUAACUUAACAGUAACCUGGAUGAUACUAACUCGAUUAGUCACAAGGUAAAAUGCAAUAAUUAAAACAUGUCAAUCUACUCAUUUACAAUGUAGUUCAGAUACUAAAUGAGUGAGACUAAUUUUUGUAACGGUAACAUGAAUAAUAGUAAAUUGAAUAGUUUCAAGAAAGUUAUGAAGUUGGUAAUGCUAUGAAACUUUUUGCAAUGUUUAAAAGUUCUGGUGUUUGCAUGUCAUACCAUAGUUUAACAAAAAAAUUUUAAUAGUAACAUGAAUAGUAACUUGAAUAGUUGCAUGGGAUUGGUUAGUUGCAAGAGAAAAUGUAAAAAAACAUGUCAAUCUACUCAGUAUCUUGAAAAACUGAAAGAGAUAGACUAAAUUUUAUAACAACAACUGGAACAUGAAGCUGUGAUGAAGUUCAAAAUGCUAUGAAACUUAGAUUUUUUUCCAUGUCUAAAUAUUUCGUGUUUGUGUGUCAUAGCAUUGUUUAACUAUUUUUCUUAUCUUAACAGUAACCAGGGCCGGGUUGUUCAAAGCGCGAUUAAGCAAACCCAGGGUUAGCGUCAAUUUUUAUUCCAGUUAAAUUAAUAACCAAAAGAGAUUUUCUUAAGGAUUCUUGCUCUUUAGUUUUAUUUUUCGAUUUGACUUCAUGUGCAGCUUAUAAUUAGCUUUUGAAAUCUUUUUAAACAAAAGAGAUUAAAUCUUUGAUUAAGCUUUAAUCGUGGGUUAGCAGUAAUCGUCUUUUGAACAACUGGGCCCUGGAUGAUACUAACUCGAUUAGUCACAAGGUAAAAUGCAAUAAUUAAAACAUGAGAAUCUACUCAUUUACAAUGUAGUUCAGAUACUAAAUGAGCGAGACUAAUUUUUCUAACAGUAACAUGAAUAAUAGUAAAUGGAAUAGUUUCAAGAAAGUUUAAUAUGAAAUUCAAAAAUUAAGUGCUAUAAAAGUUUUUGUGAUAUCUAAAAGUUUUAGUGUUUGUAUCUCAUAGCAUGAAUUAUUAGUAACUUAAAUAGUUACUAGAGAUUGGUUUGUUACAAGGGAAAAUGCAACAAAACAUGUUAAAUGGCAAUUUUUUCAAUGUCCACAAGUUUUCGUGUUUGCGUGUCAAAGCAUACUUUAACUGUGUCUAGGUUUAAGACAGCCUCUGUGAUUUCCUCCUCUGUUGUUUCAUUUGCAAUUAAGUGACAAAUUGAAAACAACUUUGGCACUGCUUCUUGAUAAACCUGUAGCUGAAGCUUCUGCAGUGGUUGUUUGGAGUUUUGGAUAUGGAUCUUGAGUGUCCACUUUACACUGCAGCUGGUUGCCUUUUGUGUUACUUUGCAGUUAUCGCAGACUGCAAUUUUUCCCUUGAUUGUAACUUUUUUUGAACAUGAACAACAACAGUUGUAUUUGGUGACACUGCUUAUUCCUAGUAUUUCUCCAAUGGUUUCUGUUGUUGUUGAGAUGUCACUGACUUCAGGUAAUGUUUGUUUGAAGGGUUCAGCGUCCUUGAUGGUGUAUAAAUUAUCUUGUUUUGGUGUGUUCAAGUAUCUUUGAUUCUGAGAUACUUUCAUUCUCAAGUUGUUGAAGAAAUAGGUGGACUGUGGUGUGACACUGUCAACAUGCUCACCCCAGAAAAUAACUUUUAUGUAACCAGAUGGAUCAACUAUAUAGCCUUCCUGUUUUUGACAGGAGAAUCUUGGAUGACUAUAGUUUUGGUCGCACUUAGAUGUGAUAUCUUUCCUUUUAUUGACACUAGCUGUUGUGGUGCUACUUUUGACAAGGAUGCAAUUGAUGUGACAUCAUCUUGUGCUUUGUAUGGAAAAUCAGCUGUUGUUGAAGUGAUGGUUGUGUUCCUGUUUAUUACUACAUCACUUCGUCCAUACUUAUUGCUGAUGUUAAAAUUUGAAAUUUUAACCGGUGAUCUUUAAAGCGGCCAUUGCAUCAAGAGUUUCCUUCUUUUCAGUUGCAAAGCAUACACUGCCAAUGAGAUCUUUCUCUGUCUGAAGGUGGCAGUUAAAGUAGCUUGUUGGUCCAGAUUUUUUUACUGGUGAGACAUUAUGCACAAAGCAAGUUAUGUCUUGUUUUUCUGUAGAAGGAGGUAAAAAGAUAUUUAGAUUAAUGUAAUAAAUUUGGCAUGGAUGGGAUUACUGCAUAAGGUAGCUUGUGUUAUUUGAAAAAAACAUAUGUGUAAAUAUUAGUCUCCUUGUUUCAUGUACUGUAAAUCCUCUAUUAAGCCCCAGGGGCUUAUUGUUUUAAGGCGCAUUGGGGGCUAAAUAGAAAGGAAGGGCUUAAUAGAAGGGGAAGUGUUAAAAUUUAGCAAAACAGGAGCAGUUCACCACUCAUUAAUUACUGUAAUUAAGAUUAUUUUUAGUACAAAUAACAGUGAUAUUUUGGCCAAAGUUCGCCACCAACAUGCAAGAGGUGUGGGAAAAAUAAAUUGUAUCAUAUAACUACAUGAGAACAUUAAAGGGUGACAAAAGUGAUAGGAAACAGUGUACAUCUAAUACCUAGAUGUUCAAAAUAAUAUGUUUUAUUAAUGAGAGCAUAUAGAGCAGGUAAGGUUAUAAAAUGAUUUUAAAACAAGAAGCAUUAGUUUAAUAGAAGAAAGGAACAUUAUAACCAUAAUAUUUAAGUAUGACCGGGAGAUACAUACCUGAAGCCAUAUUAGAUCUCUGUCUGGUCUGUUGAAAAAAAAAAAAAAAAUAAGGAUGUAUACAGAUGUUUUAGGAGGGUGUUUAAAAUACCUUUAAACCCUAGUUAAUACAACACUCUGAAACAUUACAUGGAACUUUGCUUUAAAUGUAGUUGGAAAGUGAACUAUUUAUAACCAUAAAAAAAAAAAAAUCAUUUAUGUAUGCAUGUGUUGAAGGCCGUAUAAUCAAUUUAUUCUAAUUAAUCAAUUUUGGGUGUUGUACUGUUGUGAGUGACUUUGUUCACAUCACUCAACUUGGGAUCAAUUUAUAUUUGCUAGAUUAUAUAGCCUGCUUUCUUCUUCAAGUCUAUAUUUUAAAUUAGUGGAUUUCUUAAGACUCUUAAGUCUUUCAAAAGUCAUUGGUUCAAUAAUACAAGAUGAAAGUGUUUUCACUCUGCUUAUAGCUACAUAUGAAAUGCCUGCAGUAGUUUCAGUCUGACCAAUGUCAAUCCAUGCUUUUGGCAGUGUUAACCCUUGGCUCUUGUGUAUUGUGAUUGCCCAAGCAAGUUUGAGAGGCAACUGUUGUCUCUCAUGUAAACCAUCUAGUGUCUGUGAGGUUAUUGUUAUUGGGCAUAUAGGCACACAUCGUGGAAUGCUAUCACUGAUAGAUGGACCUCUAUACUCAUUAAAUUUUACUAUGACAGCGACAGGCAAGUCUGGUGGUUGCUGGUUGUUUGCAUAAAUGAAAUCUUCAACCGUUCCAGUUGUACCGUUACAAAGUCCAACAUCUAUCCAUAGGUUCAUGGUAAGCAUUACAUGUGCACCUUUUGCAAGGAAAAUGGUCGGUUGUAAACCUGACAUGUCAUCCGAACUUGCUUUCUUAGCUAUAUCACUAGAGUGACGUGCAGUGAUGCAGGCUAUUGGCUGAUGAAGUUCUGAUAACUGUUCAAAGUUAUAAUUAGCAACUUCUUCAUUGCUGAAAUAGAGCCUAGUGGCAUCUUGAAACUCAUUCACGUUCAAUGCUAUGGAAGGCUGUCUUGCCAAAAGAAGUUUCAAUCUUGCUCAUUAGAAUCUCCUGUGCGAAGGCGUAUGAGUAAAUCUCUAAACUGAGCUUGCUGUUGAUUUAAGCCUUGAACCCUCUGGUUUACUGACAGUUUUACAACAUUGCCAAACAUGUGAUAAGCUAAAUAGCCUUGUUCACCUGUAGAACUGGAGGGUCUCGAAUGAUAUAAUGGCUUAUCUGCCACUGGAGGCAAUUGAGCUGGGUCACCAACUAAUAUCAUGGAUUUACCACCAAAUACUUCGUCAUUUUUGCCUGUUGCUUGUCGGCAGCGUCUAUCAAUCCAGCCAAACAAUGUUUGUCCUAGCAUAGAGUAUUCAUCAAUUAGGAUAUAACUGAUAUCUUUCAGCUUGGUUUGUAAUGUGACAAGCCCUUGUCCUGUUAAUUCUUUGUUAUGUCUUGGGCCAACAGGCAAUUUUAAUAGUGAAUGGAUUGUACAUCCGUUUAUGUUAAAUGAAGCUUUGCCAGUUGUGGCAGUCACUGCACAAGAGUGUUGGAGCAGGUUUCGGAUGGCAUUAAUGAGGUAACUUUUCCCUGUACCGCAACUCCAAGUAUAAUAAGAAGCAAUGGAUCUUUAGGGCAGGCUUGUUCAGAAUGUGCUUUCACCAUAUUGUAGGCAUGUCUUUGCAUGUCACUGAAUGUAUUAACAUCAAUAUUUUGUUGUUGCAAACCAAAGGUAGAAUCCAAAGUAUCUUUCUUAGUUUUUUAUCCAGGAUGGCAUUUCCUGUAUUAAGUGAUUUGCAUACUUAAUCUUGUCAUUUUGCCAGUCAUAAUCAGGCUGAGAGGUUUGUUGUGUUAUAUUAUCUUGGUUAACAAAAUACCCAGGUAUGAGAUCUGCUAAAUCCAUCCACUCUUCACGCUGUGGAAGCUCUUCUGAAGAGUGCUCUAUAUUUGGUUCCUCUUCUGUGUUAUUCUGUACACUUUGUAGUUUUUCAUACCAGUCAGGAACAUGCUCUUCAGCAUAUGGUGUUUGUAGAAAUUCCUUCCAUUUUGUGAUGUAUAUUUCAUCAGUGCCUUCCUGACAAUCCCAGGCAUUGUCUUGUGUAGUAUGCCAAGGUUUGUGCUUAAGUAACUGAUAUUUGCAAUAAAGUCCAAAAUUUGGACCUUUUGAAUUGGAAGAAAAUACUGGAAAAACUCUGGGAAUCAUGUUAUGAGGCUGAACUGUUAGUUUGUUGUUGACAAGUUUGUAUUUUGUUGCAAAAUGAAUGAAAUUAAGAGCCAUUAUAUCUGGGAUGGUUUGAAUAUAUUUUUCCCUUUUAGCGUAAGUAUCAAGCAAUGAGUCAUUGGUUACAGUAUCUCCAUCAUUUGUUAUAGUUUUGAUUCUCGUGAACCAUUUAGACUAAUAGGUACCACAUUAAAUGAUGAGCUGACAAGUUUCAGUGACAUGAGAUGAUGCAUAGUCUCUUGUGCAGAGAAGUCACGUUGGCCAAGUGACUUCAUUAUCACUUUUUUAUCAAUUUUGUAGGGUUGCUAUUGUUGUUGCAAUUACGGACAAUAGAAUUAAAUGCAAGUUUCAUUACAGGUGACUUUGGUUCACCUUUUGAAGCAUAUUUUGCAAGGUAUUCAACACAUGCAUGAUAAUCAAUGAUCACUUGAAUAUCACAGUUUGCCCUCCAGCCUUGAAGCUGAAGUCGUUGGUGAUUAUUGAGUCUGCUAUCAUUCCUCUUUGUUAUGAUCUUUGCUUUGUAUUGAGUGCUUCCAUCUUUUGUAUGAAUGGGCUCAAACUCUAGUUUUGUAUUAACACAAGGUUCAAAUGGAAACUUAAAUCUACAUUUCAGUUCUGUUUCGUUUUGUUUCUUUCUAAGACAAUAGUUUGUACUACAGCGAGUGUGCCUUUGUACAGUAUUCAACAAAUCAACAUAAUCUUGUUCAGAGUCUUGUAAACUUACAAGGUCCUUGUGACGCUUUUGACAAGGAUGAAUAGAGGGCUUCACCCAUGUGCCAUUAUCUGGUGGAUCUGGAUUAUAUGUAGACAAUAACCAAUCUACAUACUGACAAACUACCUGGGAAGCCUUUUCCCCAUCCACUAUCUGUUGAUUGAGUUCUAGUAUAUUGACUUGCUCAGCUGUAUUAGUGGACAUUUCAGCCAAAUAGCCUUUUAGAGCUGUUUCUGAGAGUUUACAUAAACCUGGAUCAUUUUUCAGCUUUGCUACACCAUGACAAUGUAUACUACCUCUAGCUUGAUAUUCAAAUCUGUACCAGUGCCACUCAGCAUCUAGUGAAUUGUAUAACCAGUAUUUAAUAAAACUUUCUAAACGCUGUGUAAAGAACCAGUCUGUAAUAUGAGGAUUGUUAAUCACAUUCUGCCGUUUGUUGUCAGUUGAAUUAUUACUGACUGAGUUGCCAAAAAUUGCAUGAAGUUCAGGCCAAUGCAUAUCAGCAGAGGAGAAUGUGAAAAAAGAAUGUUGGAGCUCCAGCAUGGGCUAUUAUUGCUUUUAAAUCUUCUUUAGCUUUGUGCCAAUAAGCAUUAGAACCAGUAAUGUUACUAAGAUAGCGUGAUAUCUUAGAUAUAAACAUACUUGUGUUAUUGCUAGUUGCCAUUUGCCGCAGCUCUUCAGCAGUCAAAUGAGCUUCUCCUGGGUUUUGUUUUAGGAACAUGCCUGUCUGUUGCAGAAUACGUUUUCUUUGUAUCAUAUUCAAUGCCCAGUAACCAAAUCUGGGGUGAGUAGCAAAGCGAUAUACCCAUUUGUCAUUCUUGUUUUCUCCAAACUUUGAAAGGUGCUUUACUCUUUCUCCGAGUGGUAUAUCUCGGCGUAAUGAUGGGUUAGUAGGAUCACCCUUACCAUCUGGAAAUAAUGUUGGGAAAGCCAUUGUUGCUAUAAAGGGAGUUACAUACUCGUUUAAUGGUUCACUGCCAACUGUUGGCCAGGGCAAGUGAUUAGAAUCAUUAGACAAUUGUUGGCGCACAGCUUCUAUUUCUUGCUGCUGACACUCUGGAAUAGGCAGAAAACUACUCAUUUCAGUACCCUCAUUAUAAACAAUGUCAUCUUCAUUUUGAGGACCUAAGUCAGGUUCACAUGUGGCAUCCAAAUCUAUAUUCUCUGUUUCAACCGAGAGAAGACCAUGUGGAACACCAUGUUCUGGUAAAGAAUUUAAAGAAUUUUGAUUGAUGGUUAUGUCCUUGUAGUGUGAGUUAUUAUUAACAAGCCAUUGUAGUGCAUCAGCUACAUUUUGCCUUCGCACUGUCACAUCUUUAAAACUGUUCUCUUUACCUUUCAUCUUAACAACAAUAACAGAUAGAUCUUUUGGGUAUCUAGGCAGAGAAUGUGCUAGUUCAGCUAUAUCCUGAGGCAAAUUGAUACAGUGGCCUGAAUAGCCCCUUUGUCCACCAGGUUUUAUGUAAACUCGCAUAACAGGAAGUGCACGUGCAAUAAGCAUUUCUUCUACUUGGGUUAACCCCUGCAGUUGUAAAGGUACUAAUGAUGGCACCAUGUCAUUUUCCUUAGAAAACUUUUUUGGUUGUUGUUUAUCUCGUAUGCACCUCUGACACUGGUAGUGAUCAACCUUCCUUGGACUGGAUUUCAAUGGCCAUGCUUCAAAACAGACAGUGCAUUGGCAAACUGAAUACUGAUUGGACUUAUGAAAAUCGUUCAUGUUAUUUUGUGCUUGUUUUUGUUCGUGAACUGGACCAGCAGAGCUCUCUUUUUGUCCUGCAGAAAUUGUUUGAGACCUUUUAUAACUGGCUCUCCUAUUUGCAAGUCUCUCUUUUCGCUUUUCAACAGUUUCUUCAGACGUUCUUUUUCUAUAAGAGUCUUUGUAACUUUUUAGUCUCUCUUUUUGCUUUUCAACAGUUUCUUCAGACACUCUUUUUCUAUAAGUGUCUCUCUUAUUUUUAAGUCUCUCUUUUCGCUUUUCAGCAGUUUCUUCAGACAUUGUUUUUCUAUAAGUGCCUCUCGUAUCUUCAAGUCUGCUUGCCCUUUCAUUAGCUGUUUCUGUAUAUUUGACUCUUUUCAUGUAAUUUCUGUGCUUAAGAAGUCUACCAUGUCUGUUUUCAUUGGUUUCUGAUAAUUUUCUCUUUAUGCAUGUGAGUUUGUUUUUAUAUCUACUGUUUUUGUCAGUCAAUGUUGAAACAUAAUGCAACUCGUUAAUAUAUCCAAUAAAUAUUGUCUUUCGUCCAUCCUGAUCAGCAACAGGAGUUAAGAUUGUACUUUCAGGUGAAUUUAUAUUAGACUGUGUGAUAUGAAUGACACAGUUGUAUGCAUUGGGCGAUUCCAGAAAAUAUCCAUACCAUACCACGGACGGCUUUAAGGAUUUCCGAAGGGGAGGGGGGAUUCACGAUUAUGGAAUUCUGAAGGCAUGGGGGGGUAUUUACGAAUUGAAAUCCGAAGGUAUGGGGGAAUUCCACAGGUGGGAUUUCUGGAGUAGAAAGUGUAGAGUAAGUUCCUGGAAAACGCUAUUGUUGUGGACUUUUGUAGUUCGUAAAUAAACCACGAACGUAUGACCGCGGAAGCAGAAGACAAGCAUCGAUAGAUCAGACACGUGUUUACGCUCAUAACUUAUAGAAGUGAACAGUAAAACGUUGGUUUCACAUUUACCUUGAUGAAUUUCUUGUCACGUGAAUAAAAACUGAAAAUGUAUCUUUUAAUACCGCUUGCAAAUUUCUUGUUACUCCCGUCCGAAACCGUCCGAUAAACAGUAAAAAACUCGCACCAGUCCCUCACUUCCAAGGAACGCCUUUCAGAUUAGAACGCUUUUCGUGCGCACUACAUGACGUAUAAAAGGACGCAACACGACUCGACGGUAUAUUUGACCGCCAAAAGAUUUUAACAGUCUGUUUGAGCUAUUUUCCUUUGUAAACGUCAAAACAGCACAAGAAAACAAAGAGGAGUAAAAUUACCUUAAGUGGUGUUUAUUUUUAUAGCCAAAUUCGGACUUAAAAAGGAGUUUGCACGGCCUGGCAACUAGCGUAGGUUUUUCUUGUCACUGAAGAGUACAGCUUGUCACCUGGUGCUGCUAGAUCACAGCCUUGAGGAGGCAUAAAUUCAUGUUCGUUUGUUCUUACAGGCGUUGCUAAGUCGAAAAUGUACUUCCAAAAAAAACCGGAAAUUCUGAAGGGGAGGGGGGGUUCACGACUAUGGAAUUCUGAGGGCAUGGGGGGGUAGCGCAUUUUGGAAUUUCCGAAGGCAAGGGGGGGUUAAAACAUGGAAGCCGUCCGUGGUUGGGUAUGGAUAUUUUCUGGAAUUGCCCAUUGGCCACAGCUUGCAUUAUGAUGUUAUCACACCAUGUGCCUUGUUUUGACAUUUGUUGAAUAUAGUUAUUCCAGUGAUCGUUAGAAAUGCUUUCAAUAUACAAUUCUGGGUAACUCUGUAAAUGGCCAAUUCCAGCCAUACGAAUUUCAAGAUGCAAGUCAGCAGUCCUAUACAGUUGGUGCGAAACUGAUUUAAAGAAACAAUCCCCAAAUCCACCUACAUCAUGUGGUAUAAGUCCUAUGAGACGAAGCCUUUCAGUUAAACAAUCCCAUGGUAAAUCAUGACUAACAGCAUUCUCAGGAGACAUACCUCCAUUUAAUUUUGAAUUAUCAAUAUGAGUUUGAGGAAAGCUUUUUCCACCAGAAUUCAUUAAAUCUGCCACACGGAUAUGUGUUUGUCUACAGUUACAUGUAGAAUAGUUAUCUGUUGUUGUAAAUUUUCUUUUCUGUAUGUUCAUGUAAAAAACAAAUUUACUAUAAUAAUGAUCAUUGGUAUACCAGAAUUUCCAGGUGUUGUAAUUUCUACAUAAAUUAGUGAUAAAAGAACUGUCUGGAAGAUGUUGUCUUACAAAAGACUUGAUUCUAUUCCUAGACUUCGUAUUACUUAGUGCCUUUAGAAUUAUUUUAACAGGAACGCGAGAUGGUUCCCUGUCCCUUUUCCUCUGACAAUUCACUCUUUUCUUACGAACUUCAACAUUUUCAGAAAUAGUUACACUAUGAUUUUCAAUUUUCUCAGAAGAAUAACUUGUCAAAGCCUUAUCAUGAUCUUGUGAACUACAAUCACCACUUAUCAGCCCGGUAACCAUUUGACUUUUGUCACUUUUCAUUUGGCGCAAUGGCCAUCGAGCAGAAUGACUCGGUUUAUUUGCUUUGUGACCACAACGGGUCAUUUGGCGCAAUGGCCACCGAGUACAAUGACUCGGUUUGUUUGGUUUGUAUUUGUGACCGCUAUGGGUCAAAGCACAAUGGCUUGGUAGAUUUGCUUUGAGACAACUUUGUGUCAGAGUUAUCGGUUGAUUUGCUUUGUUGUUCGGCAAAUUCGAGGACAUCAAUUCAAAGCAGGAGAGCAGCGAAGGUCUUCGGUUUGUUGUAGUUCGGACAACGCCGACAUCGGGCUUUCUACAUGCUCUUGGAGUACUAAAAAGUUUCCUGGUAAGGCUUUGACAAGUUGAAGCGAUGAACUUUUUAAGAAACAUCGCAUGAAGUUUGAGAAAAAUAAAUGAACUUACCGAAUAAUCCAAAGAUAUCCACGGAGGCGACACGGACGCACGAGCAGCUUGCACUCGCACGAGGUAUAGUUGCGUGCGCACUCGCACGAGGUAUAGUUGCUUGCGCAUAAAAAUAGUUGUGUGCGCAUGUCCACCAGGUGAGCCCGCAAUUUCUUUGGCCGGCUAUUAGGCUUAAAAUUCGUGCGCGCGCUUAAUAAUUAUUCAAAAUGGCGCAGAUUUUGAACAUCGCCCGUCCAAGUAACCAAAAAUCUCGAAUCUUCACGCCUGGCAUGCACAGGUAUCCCAUCGACCACAGGAUCCCCAAAGAUUACGAAGCGUUCUCCUAACGUCGAACGCAAUAAGGAAUAAAUGUCAUCGUGUGACCAAAGGAUAGCUAAAGAGGAAUGCGAAACAGAGCAAAAAGGAUAAAAUUUUUGUGUACAGUAGUUUUAGCAGUUUUGUUUGCCUGUUCUUGUGUUUCUAGGGCCGUAGCUAUGUAGAGCCCUGAACUGAGACAAUAGCUUCGUAUUAAUGUUAAUUACAGAAAUUGGUCAGAUCUGAAAAUGCUGGGCGUUGGAAAAAAAAUGACAUUUUGCUCUUUUUUUUUUUUUUCAAAAUUUUGUUAAAUCGAGGCUUUCAAUAUAAUGAACCUUCAAUAUAUGAACAAAUUUCCCCAUUUCCUUGGCACUUCCUUAAAUCGAGGUUCCACAGUACUUGUAUCUUAAAUUAUGUGGUUGGCACCCUGAAGGCUGGUGUGGGAGAAGGGGCGGCGUGGGUUUAAGGGAGGACAAGUUGUUCUGGGGAUGAUCCUACCAUUUCAGAAUAAUUUAGCAAUUCAGUCCUUACAGACUCUUGGGCACCCAAUCAGCUUCACUUAAGAGGAAUUAAGCAUUAAUCACAAUCUAAUUUAACAAAACAGGACAACAGAGGAUGGAACAGCCACUUGUUUGUAUUGGAUACAAGUAGUUUAACAUGGAUCCAACCAAAAACAAAGGUGUGCUACAAAUGUAGUUGUUCAAACUGAAAUUCAGGUUCAAAGGGUUUCAACUUUAAUUGAUUCUCCUUGACUCUUAGCCCUAAUAAUCAUUAGCUAAGGACUAAUAAAGUUCAGGGGACAAAAGAAUUUGAUGAUGGCAUUUAUAAUCAUAAGUGACAAAGGAGUUGAGAAUCAAACUAAGCUCAAAUCAUUUGAGUCUGCAUUUCAUUUGAAACUAUUAACAGAAAUAAAUGCACCGCAUACCCCUACCCUUCUUGGGAGGUUGGGAGUUUGGGGGUAGUUAAAGAUGGAGUGUUUCCUAUUUAGAAGCCUUGAUCACAUUGAAACACUCCUUGAAGAAAUGCUUGAUUCCACUUGAAUUAAUAGGGGUAGAAUCAUUUCAUUUGUCAACUGAAAAUCAAAAUACUGUAAAAGUAAGUGCAAAAGGUAUUGGAUGAUAGGCCUUAUUUGACCAAGUUUUAUCUAUCAUGGAAGCUUUCCACGGACUGGAACAAGGUUUUGACAGUUUGGCUGCUGGUUCAAUUCAAAAAGCUACAAUACAAAAUUACAAGUUGACUUUCCUGUUAGAACUACUUUUUUUGUGUCUUUAGGGCAGACCACCAUCUCCAAGAGCAGCCCAGGCAUCUGCUCAAAUUGCAAAUAUGGCUUAUCUCUUUGGAGGAAGACAUAUGGUAUAGUAUUAAAUAAUAUUAUAAUAAAAGGAAACUUGUUCUUCCGAAACUGAGGACGUGUGCACAUGGUCUAAAUUCUUUUACUUAUUUGGUGACGGAUCACUCUAAUUUACUACCUGACAAUGCUAGAACUGCUAGUAAUUUAUGUAG